UGCAUGCAUGCUCACAAGCUGGUACAUAGCUUACAAAGACGACCUCGUCGUCUCUUGUCAUUUGUUCAACUAACCUUCGACAUUUGAACAUGAAUAUCGUUAUCAUUGUUAUGCUUUUGACUUGCUUCUUUCUGUCUAUUCAUUCUUCAAUCGUCCAUUCGUCGAGCGAAACUUGCUGUGCUGCGUGUCCUCCCGGGAAAGACGGUGUCAACGGUAGGGACGGAACGCCGGGUAGGGAUGGAAGACCGGGAAGAGACGGAACGCCUGGUGUCGGGAUUUGUCUUGGUCGAGCAGAACAAGACGAGAAAAUGAAAAAACAGGAUAAGAUAAUUGCAGAACAGAGCGAGCAAAUUGCACAACUGAGAAAGGCGAUUGACCGACUUACAAACUUUGUCAAUCAGACAGUCACCGUCAAUCAGAGAACUUCCUUUCCAUCUGGUGCUCGCAUCUGCUCACCAGGCAGUUAUCUAGCAUUCGGCUUCUGUCUACCCAAAUCACCAUCACCCUACAUCAAUCACACUUCUUGUUCAUCUGGCUUCAAGCUGUACAGAGGUGUCUGCUACCGUUGGCCUUCUCCUCGAUGUCAAACUCAAGACCUCGUUACAGCUGAUAGUACGUGUAAAACGCUCGAAGGACGGUUGUGUACUGUUACUGAGCUGGACCAUCUAAGCGGCAGCGGAUGUCACUUUGACUAUGCCGGCAGCUGGGCUCUACUGGCACUUCAGUACAGUGAAAAUUGGUUAGCUCAUGGAAUUUGUUUCAGACAUGACAGCAGCUAUGCACACUCAAAUUCCUUGACUCGACCGGCCGCAGGUGACGUCAUGACUAUUGCCUGGUGUACCGCCGUGACGUCACUUGGAGCGGAUGCUCGGAGUAACAUCAAAGCAGGAGUAAUGUGCUGUAAGACAUGAUAUGCAUGCAGUGUAACCUUUGGCAAGAUUCAUUUCAAGCCGUCUCGGUACCGGUAAAAACUACUUUGCAUGCACCUGCAAUAAAAACUACGUGUAGAAGAU